GACUUGUUUGUUCAUUGAUACUUUUGAUAUCAAGGUUUUAUAUACAUUUUAUUAAUAAAGCGAACAUUAUACUAGAUCAUACUCAAAAUACAAACAACAAUUCACAAACCACACCUUCAACAACAUCUAUCACAAAUCACAUCCCUAUCAACCAUGGCUCCCCACGCAGACACCCUGUCCACCAACGGUGCCGGUAGCACACUCAAAGCCACCGCCCCCACCUUCUCCCCCGUAACCAGCAUCCCCGAAUCCAAAUACCAUUCCACCUCUACCGCCUCCGCCAUCCACGACGAGCACGCCUACGCAGCCCACAACUACCAUCCCCUCCCCAUCGUCUUUGCACGCGCCUCAGGAUCCUCCGUCUGGGACCCCGAAGGAAAUCACUACAUCGAUUGUCUCUCUGCCUACUCCGCCGUCAACCAAGGCCACUGUCAUCCAGAGCUCGUGGCAGCUCUGUGUGCGCAAGCCCAACGUCUAACGCUUUCCUCAAGAGCAUUCCAUAAUGAUGUCUUCCCUAAAUGGGCAGAGAAGAUUAAACAAGUGUUUGGAUAUGAUAUGGUUUUGCCCAUGAAUACAGGAGCAGAGGCUGUGGAGACCGCGAUCAAGAUUGCGAGAAAGUGGGCGUAUAAGGUUAAGGGCGUUGAGCAGGAUAAGGCGCUCAUUUUUGCAGCGGCAGAAAACUUUCACGGAAGAACGAUGACCGCAAUCUCCAUGUCUGUCGAUCCUGAAUCUCGCGAUAACUAUGGUCCAUAUGUUCCAGGUGUCGGUGCUGCAUGCCCAACCACCAAGAGACAAAUUAGAUUCAACAAUGUAUCUGAUCUCGAAAUUGUCCUCGAAGCCCACGGAAAGAACACUGCUGCCUUUAUUGUCGAACCGAUUCAAGGUGAAGCCGGUGUUGUUGUCCCAGAUGAUGAUUAUCUUGCAAAGGUUCAUGCUCUUUGCAAGAAACAUAAUGUCCUCUUGAUCUGUGAUGAAAUCCAAACCGGUAUCGGUAGAACUGGACGUAUGCUUUGCUCAGAAUGGUCUGGUAUUAAACCAGAUAUGGUUACCCUCGGAAAGGCCAUCUCUGGUGGAAUGUACCCAGUCUCUUGUGUUUUGAGUUCAAAGGAGAUUAUGCUUACUGUUGAACCCGGUACUCACGGUUCUACAUAUGGAGGUAACCCAUUGGGUUGUGCAGUUUCUAUUCGUGCUUUGGAAAUCAUGGAAGAAGAAAAAUUGACUGAGAGAGCUGAAAAGUUGGGUCAUGUCUUGAGAAAGGGAUUGGAAGACUUCAACAGCCCUAUGAUUAAGUUGGUUAGAGGAAAGGGUUUGUUGAACGCUAUUGUCAUUGAUGAAACAAAGACUGGUGGUCACAGUGCAUGGGAUUUGUGUAUGUUGAUGAAGAGCAAGGGAUUACUUGCCAAACCAACCCAUGAGAACAUCAUUCGUCUUGCACCACCUCUUGUUAUCAGCGAGGAAGACAUUCAAAAGGCUCUCGCCAUCAUCAAGGAAUCUAUCGCCGAAUUACCAAACCUCAAAGGUGAGAAAGAAGAUGACGUUAUUCCUGCAGGCGAGAAGAAUGUUCACAUCCCAUUGGAAAAUUAAGAAAACUCCGAUUCUCAUUCAGCACACGCAUUUUUUUUUUUAUAAGAGAGGUUUCAUUUUGUUUUUCAGAGAAGGGGUUCAAAAAGAAUUUGGGUAUCUACUGUUUUUACUUUUUCUUUUCUCAUUACAAAGAUGUUUUACGAUCUAAACUGGCAUCGGCGAACGGGAGGGGAAAAUGAUACAUAAACAUGACGUUUUGCUUGACUUUAAGUCGCAAUUAUACCUAAAGGCAUUGGGAAGAAGGAGUUUUGAUUUUUGGGGUAUCUACUGUUUUUUGGCAAUCCGCUUGACGAUUGGGCAUUGAGAUUCUUUGAUGCAAUGCAAUGCAAUGCAAAUCGGGAAAAAGGAUUGAGUGAAAAACAUGACGGUUUGCUUGACGUUACGGAACUAUAAAGUUGAAGUCGCAAUUAUACCUAAAAGGCAAUGGCAUUUGGGAGGGAGUUUUUCUGUUGGUGGUAUCUACUGUUUCUUGAUCUAUUUACCUACUUUACUUUGGACGAUGAAGAAGAAUGGGAUGAAUGGAUAGAAACAUGACGUUUUUGCUGGAUUCAACGCACCUUGUGAUUAUUGUGGUGAGGUGGGUUGUGAGCAAGUAUACCUACCUGGACGAAAGAGAUGUUUGGAAAGGAGGAGGUUGCAUAUAUAGUAUUAGGAUAGGAUAGGAUAGGAUAGUAUGACAUAGCAUAGCAUAGCAUAGCAUAGCAUAGUAUAUCAUAUCUUGUUUUAUCUUAUUACA